AUGCCUCCCAAACCUAGCAUUUUCUCCAUCAAGUCGUUUAAGUAUGUGGAUGUUUGUCAGUCGCAGUCGAGCGCGAGCCUCUGCGAUCUGAAAGUAGGAAAAGUCCGCGUCGAUUGUUGCUUUCUUUUGUCCAAGAUGCAAUGGGGCCAGCUUGAUGGCAAGGACUCUGGUUUGAUGUACCUGGAUUUGACCUUUCAUCAACCCUCCGACUGUAAGCUCGCCCAAGCAACCAUUACCAUGAACGUUCAUGAUCUCCAGGACUCUCCGGGGAGAGACACUCUCACGCGAGGCGCCCGUCCGGACCUUGAAAUAACAGAGUUCUUUGGCCCUCGGAUUCUAAGUGGCGAGAAACGAGAACGACAAGUAUCCAAGAGCUUCGAGGUUCAUCCCAAGAUCGGAGCCGCCGCAUUCAGUGCUGAGGGGAUCGGACUGUCAGCCAGGACAGAGGCUAGCUAUUCUUCGCGAUGGAUGUUCACUGGUACACGAUUCGCGAUCGCCGACCCAACUAAUUAUGGAACUUCUCGAUCCAGUCAGUAUCGACAGCUCGUUUGGCACCUGGAAGAAAACGACUUGGAACAACAGGCCGUUCACCACUCCAUCGUCCAUACUGCACUUGCAUUCCAUCAUGGCUGCGAGCCAUUCUAUCUCGAUCUUCAGAUUCAGAUCAAGAUGCGGCGGUGGCAUCGUCGACUCAUGCAGAACCUGACUUGUCCGCCACAGGGCCGAAAGUCAUGCACCCGAGCUAAAAUUGAGCCGCCCAUGACAGCGGCAGCAGACACUAGAUUUCCACAACUGGCCAGAAACCUGGACCAAGCCAUGACCGAGGCAAACCUGCACCCGGUGACUGAGGUACCGGACCCCAAACCCGCCAGCCUUGCACAUGGUGCCAAGGGCUGCGAGGAUGAUGAGGAAGGAACUAUUACCAGUUGUCGCCCUAGCGAACCUCUAAUUGAGCUGGCGCGACUGCUCACUGGACAAGAACAGCAUAAGCUAUGGACAGAGACCUCAUCAACGACCAAUGCCGGACAAACGGCACAUAGCUCAACGUCUACCUUGGUCGGUUCAGAGAUACUCGACGAGCCCGUUGAGCGAACAGAGACAAAGGAUGCUAUGACCGGGCCUAGUGGACCCCUUCCUUUGAAACAAGCUAGGCAAGUCGAGACGGACACUACACUCCAGGAUGAACUGGCUUGUUUGCUUUUUAUUGUAUGCCAGACAUCACGACUUCUCGCAGCGGCCAUAGGAUCGUUGAUACUGGGUCUUGGUAAGAUACAAGCAGCUCUUACUGGAGAAGGAAAAUUGAAUUGA